UUGGAAGACUUGUGUGAAUUAAAGAAGUAAUUGUAGAAAAUAGUUUAUUUACGGAGUUAUUUUUUGUGCAAAGGCCACUAGAAUUGCAAUGUGUCAAGUUUGGGGUGUACUUUAUUCGGAAAUGAAAUUUUAAACGUGCGUUUUGGUUCAAGACAAGAUUUAUUGGAUUUCGUGCACCAGGUGUUCAGCGGAUUGUCAAAGAAGUGGUUGGAUGUGAAUUGUUACCCUGCCUGGAAGGCUGCAAAUUGCUGUGUGUAUAGACAAUCCGGCAAAAACAUUGCACAGAUGUAUUUGACCUCGUGAGCAAAACACAAGUUGACCAUGGGAAACCACAACUCCCAUACCCCAGCGGUCCCAGCGAGCCAGGAUGUGAUUCGCCGACCUCCAUCCCGCCCAGGGGCACCGCCCAGCUCCAGACCGGUCAGCGAACUUGGUCCACGAGGCCCAAGCUAUCACAACCCUGAAAAUCUCGUGCUUCCAAAGGAAUUGCCGUCAAUGUUGAAGCUUCGACCAGUGUCAAUGGAAAUGAGCAAGAAUAAUCCAAACUAUGAAAAUAUAUACUCGACUAAAAGUGAUGGCACAAAUGUGGAUGAUGCUAAUGAGACUAACAAUAAUGUGAAAAAUGACAGUGAAAUUAAUUCAGAGGCUGUUAAUCAGCCAGUUCAGAAUGGACACAUACCCGGACAGACGGAUGUUCAAUCUGUUUCUUCACUGCCAAAUGGACAUAUGCAACACCCACCACCUCCUCCUCAGCCCAAAAUCACUACCGCAAAAACCCCAUAUCGACCCAGCCACAGGCGACAAAUGUCCCUUGGCCAGGAACACACCAUUGUUGAAGAACCUGAGGAGAAUAUUGACUCGCGGGUGAAACUAGACCCUCUGAUGCAGUCGUUUCCUGGCGCAACAGGGCCUUCUUUACCUGUUAAGAACAAUUUUAAUUUGGACUAUUCCUAUCAGUGUACUUAUGUUCAGCUUGCAGAACAUAGGCGAAAUAAGACUAUGGAAGACCUUGAAAAGAGAACCGGUAAAAAACUGAGUGAUUUAAGUGCUGACUUAAGUGAACAUGUUGAGAAACCAUCAUUCCAAAGGGAUGCACCAAGCAGGGUUUCAUCUCGAAGUUCAGGCUCAGGGGUCAGUAAGAAAAAGAAAGCCCCAGCCCCGCCUGGUCAAGCUCCUCCCCUAGCCCCAGGGAGCAGCCAUACUCUCCCCCUCCCUGGAAAAUCGGCUCCUUCUACACCAAGAAAGGAGGCAUACUCAUUGGACAAUGAGCCUCCUAUAGACUAUGACAUGGAGUCACCAAGAAGGCCCCCACUCCCAGCUCAGCAGUUUCAACUCCCUAGAUAUACCGCAGCUCAACUCACAAGGGCUGGCUCAAGUGCUUCUAGGGCUCCCCCAGUCCCUCCACCACCACCAACUGGCCUGGGGGCCAGAAAACCUGUCACUUCUGUUUCAAGAAGUGCAAGCUUUAAGGAGACACCUCAUCUUAUAUUUAAGAAAACUCCCGAUAUCAAACCUGUACCAAAGUCUGCUGAUGCUAACUUAGGAGGUCAAGUACCAUGGCUUCUUGAGAUAAAGAAUCUGUCGGAAGCUAAAGCUGCGAGGAGGCAGCAGUCACAAGAAUCUGAAUUGGAAGCACCAGGGAGUCAAAAUGAUGGUGAUGAACAAGCAACUGAUGGAAACAGAGAAGUUGAAAAGAAGGAACCUAAUGCGACUCUUGUAUUUCAGAGUUCUAAUGAAAAUAUUGCAGUUGAAAAGAAAACAGAGAAAGAGACAAUAAACAAAACACUUGAGCGAAGUAAUUCUCUGAGAGAAUUGGUGAAACCACCAUCACCAAAGCUGCAGCGUCAUUCUUCCACAACGACUUUUGACAGGUUAUCACAGCCAUCAGUUCAGCGACAGGUUUCUAAACCAUCGACAACCAGCCAUGGUGACCCGGUUCGAAGGCUAAGCUCUCUGUUACAACAUGAUAUAAAAGCUACAGCAAGUGCUAAAUGUCUGAAACUUGUAAAACAGACAACACCUGUACCACCGAAACCUAAAGAUCCCCAUACAGUGUUUCGAGAACAGCUGCAAAAAGCAUGUGCAGCUAGGGAUGAAAGAGCUAGCGUGGAAGGCACAAUAGAUGAGAAACUUAAGAAAAGUAGUAACGAUGCUAGUUUUGAGCUGGGUGAGGUAGUAGGUGAAGAAAAUGUUACACCAAGAAAAGACACUGCCAAAACUGAGCCACCAGAUGUUCUUCCUAAACCACCAAGGUACCACAAGAAUGUCACCUUGAACAGAAACUCGAAUAUGUACAGUAAGACUCAAAGAGCAGCUAGUUUUACUGAUCCUUCACCAAACAGACCUGGUUCAAGUAGGCAACAAGUUUCGAUGUCUCUGGAUUGGACACCAGAAGUUGAUCUUGAAUCAGAUGAUAAUCUGUCAGAUAGGGAAACAGUUACUGGACGAAAAGGAUCGUCAGACGGGUUUAAGUCCUCUAUUGUUCCAAAUAAUAUGAGUGAGAUGAAAGCAAAGAAGAAGGGCAAGAAAGAGAAAAGGGCGAAUGGGUAUGUUCAGAAUGAGGACAGCAAAGCAAACAAAUUCGGAAGUGUUAAGAAAUUUAAGAAAUCCAUGCACAGGAGUGUAAAAAAUGCUUUCGGAUCUAUAAGCAAGGCAUCUGGUAAAAUUCUAAGGAAACAGAAAGCAGAAGAUUUAGAGACUGUUGAUGAUGCUCCAAGGAAUUGGAGUCUAACCUCUGCAGCAGCAAAUGGAAAAGCUGGUAAUAGAGUUGGCAAAUAUCAGAGGCCAGCUGCAUAUGAUUAUGAUGACGAGGGCACUGAUUCUGACAGUGAGCAGUAUAAUCCUGAACAAGAGUUCUCUGAAAUAAUGGUACAGCAAAAUGGGCAUGUUGAGUCUGACGAAAGUAGUGAACAUGAAAAUAGAUCUCCUGAACUUAGAAGAUCAGGCAGAACAUACAAGGCUGGGAAAUCACAGAGGAUGGAUAUGUCUGACGAAGAGGAAGAAGAAAUAAGAAGUCCUAGGUAUGAAAAGGCUAUGGGGAAAGAUAAGAGAUCCAAAUAUGUGUAUGAACCAACGUUCAGAAAGAGGGAACAGGAGGCUGAAUAUGCGAGAGAGCUUGAAGAGAUUCGAGCUCGAGAGAGAAAGGUGGAGGAGGAUAAGAGGAAACAGCUAGAAAUAGAGCUGGAGAUGCAUAAGAUCCGGGAGGCAGAAACAAGAGAGAGGUUGAAGAGAUUGGAGGAGGCUCAGAUACAUCAACAGGUGACUGCACAAUUACUACAGCAGCAACAGCAACAGCAGCAGCAGCAGACUCAGCUACACCAGCAACACCAGAGUCUUGGCAUGCUCAGCGCUCCGGCUUUACCUGCGGUGGGCACAUUUCCCAGCUACGGUUCUCUGCCAGAUCCCAACCAGAAUCCAAACUUUACUAAUAUUUUCGGGCAGCAGAUUCCUCAGAACGGGUUCCAGUCAAAUUUCGGACUGUAUUCACAGUCAAAUCCUUAUAUGAAUGGUUCUGUACCAUCAAAUAUGUCAUAUGACUUGAACGAUUACAUGAGAAUGCUUGGACAAAAUCCACCUACAUCACAACAAAUGGCAUUCUUCCUCAAUAACAUGACUUUGACAGGUCAGCCUUUUGAUAGGAAGUCAAAUCCGCUGCUGAUGGAUAUGCCAAAACAGCAGUACCCCACUAGCACGUUAACUUACCAAGGACUUGAUACAAAUAGUUUGAAAAAACAAAACUUUCAAACAUGGGUGAGCAGCCCAAACACUUCCACUGCUCAUCAAACUAGCACUGGUGUUGAUGUGCCUAUAAAUGACUUUGUUGCAAGUUACAAUGGUGCCAAUGGUGAUGGUCGUGGUAUUAGUGCAAAAAUGGACACUGAAGUCGAACCAAAAUUAAAGUCAAAUAAUCCUUUAUAUAACAGUGAUGACUCAGACUCUGGAUUAACUCCAGAAAAGACUGUAGCUCGUGUGCAAGUGAAAGACUAUAGACAAAUACCAGUGCGCACUGAAUCCGGGAAAUUUAUGCGCAAAUAUGCAAGUGACAAUUUACAGUCAAAUAAGACAUCUAAUUCCCAAAACCAGGAUCAUUUUUCCCAAUCUUCGCAAAACAUUUCGCAGCCGGGUGAUUUCCAGCGUCAACAAAGCGUUUCACCAAGCAACAGUGUGUCGACUGUGGACAGUGCCAUUACCUCACCCUCUCAGACACUAAGCACCUCAUCAUCACCUGCACAGUCAAUCGGCAUCCCUGCUUCCCCCAUGCUUACCCCGAGGUCGGAAAACAUCACCCCGAGCUUCCGAACCGUUGUGGAUCUCACAUCUGGAACGCCAAACGGCACUACGCAAAUUCUGCUGUCAAAUGGGGGAGCAGUGAAACUUUGAAAAGUGACGCAGAUCGCCGCAUAGUUACCCACAAGUACCUGCUAGUCAUGUGACCCUAACACGUGCACAUUCAGACCUACUUGGUCGUAGAUAUUUCGGCAUAAGACUUUGGAAUUCGAUAUAAUUUAUGUAUCAAAGUCAAAAUUGAUUUGUGCCAAUAUUGUUCCUGUUAGAUUUUUCCUUGAUCUGUUAGAAAUAUAUGAAGGUCUAUGUUAUGUUUUGACAUUUCUUUUUAACAUGGCUUUGAUUUUCGAUUUCCCAUUGAUCUUAUUGUAUAAGUUUAAGUGCUGAAAUACCGACAAGUGGUCAAAUUAUUAUCUGUAGUACAAAUUGAGUUUUUGUCAAAAAUUUGUGCCAAAAUAGUUGGAAAUUAAUCAUUUAAGCUCAAAAUAAGAUGACAGAAUGCUAUUGAUGACUCCAACUUCAAACAGAUUUAUUUGUUUAGUUAAAGCCAGGUCAAAAAUUCAAUAGAAAAGCUACCCUUUAUGACGGCAAAUAUUUAAACUUGUCCAUUUUUGGCAACCUGACCACUUCACACCUAGUAUAUUGAAUCUUACCUUGAUAGUACACACAAAUGCUAUUGUUUGAUAGAUUACCGUAAACUUCUGGUGUUUUGGUUAAAAGGUGAGGACAGGCGUGGCAAGCGCUCGGUGACAUGGCUGCCAAUUUUUUUUUUACGAUCUGGCACUCAAUCAACGAAUGACGAUCACUUUGUAACUGCCCAGACAGACAUCAGAUAAAUUUGUUCAAAGUAAACAAUGUUUUAAGAUCGUAUACUUAAGAUUACGUAGCAUCCAACUAUAGAAGAUUUUAUAAUUGUAUGGAUUUUUUUUUAAUAAUUACGUAUUCUUUAUAGACUGACCCGGCCAGAUCUUGUAUAUUAUUCUGUUAGACUAAAUAAUACUAUGAUUAAAGAUAAGAUUUAGAUAAGCUUGCAUCUGUAUAACCAUUAUGGGAUAUAUAAGGCAUAACUAAACAAUUCUUUGUUUUUGGUUUCUUGACAAUUAUUCGAAUUCUUUCUGACCAUAUAAUUGUCUCCCUUUGUGUACAUCAAUUUAAUAGUUUGGAAAGAUGUGUAAAUGUUUUUGUUUUUUUAUAAGGAGCUCUAAGUUAACAUAUGCAGACCAAAUGGCGCCUGUCAGUGUAACCAUGAUAUUCAAACCUAAUUUUACUUUAAGAAAAUAAAUCCUGACCGACCUUUCAUAUUUUUUGGGGUUAGUGAAUUUAGAAACAUUUUUUUUCUGCUUAUAAUCAAUGCUUUAAGAUAGAAAUAUAGAGAAUUAUCACUCAUUAUAAUUGUACUAAAUUGAAAGGUAACUGCUUUAGGUAACAUCUAUUUACUUUAAGCUUUUGUCAAAAUAGACACAACCCAAAUUUUUUCAGUGUUUAAAGAACUUCAAAAUUAUAAAAAUGUUUAAAAUACAUAAAACUUUUGUACGUUUAAAGAAUAUCAACAUUAUGAAAAUGUUAACAAUACAGUUUAGAAAAAAAAACGUUACAAUACAAUUAUUACAAUGCCGAUUGUAGUGUGAAUUGUAAAACGAAAAAGAUUAAGACGGAUAAGAUUCCUUUGUUAAAACAAAAAAACAAAAACACAUAAAAUUAAUGAAGUGUUAUAAAUGGUUUUGUUAAAGGAACUAUUGUUUUAGCUACCUUAUAAAUAUAGGCUUUAUAAUGAGUGAUACAUUUAAAGUCCCAAAAUGAAGUUAAAGGCUAUUCAAUGAUUUAAAAAAAAAAGAAGAUUUCUAAUGCCUAAUGAGAUUUUUUUUUGUUAUAAAAAACAUAUCUUGUAAUUGAGUAACAUUGAAUUAAUUAACUUAAUGUCUCAAGUUCCUUAAUUGUUUAACUUGUUUUAGAAAACAAAUGAAGUAUUGUGAUAUCUUUGAUGUCGUCGUUGGUGGUGGUGUUGUCAUACAAAAGCUUGUACCUUGGCCAUAAUUAAAAAUACAGUUGAAACUUGGUACAUAUGUUACACAUGUAUAGAAGGGCCCAUUACUCAGACUUUAGGCCAAAAAAAAUAAUUGUUUGUUUAGGGUAACCUUCCCAAAAUUUCUAUGUAGGGUAGGUAGGGAUUUUUAAAAAAAAUAAUUUAAAAUCUGUCAUAAGUUCAGAGUGUUUUCUUGCACAUGGCAGUCUUUCCUACAUUACUGUCAUUGCCUGACUUUGUUUUAUCAUAUAAACAAUAAUUCUGAUUAAAAUCUGCAUUUAUCCGCUCUUCAUAACUCUCUAUUCGCCAACGAAUAUUUUUUUGCUCAGAAACGGAAAAAAAAUAGUUAGGGUUGGCCCAUUUUUAUAGGUAGGGUCGGGUUACCCGAAACGCACAUAAUUUUUUUUUAGGCCUUACUCAGACUUUAUUUAUUGUCAACUUUAUUGAAUAUAAAAUGCCUUUUUUCAUUCAGAAAUUGCAUAAACUUAAAUUAACCUUGACCAUAUAUUAUAACUCGUUACUGUUCAAAAUAUUUCAAUGAAACUUGGUACACAUAUUGACGGAGGCAAUAUACACCUGCAUAUCAAGGCCCAUAACUCUGCCUUUCGUUUUUGUCCAGUUAUGCCCCUUUCUUGACCAAUAAUAACAGACGAGCAUUUGGCGUUCCCUCCGCGGUGCUCUUGUAGUUGUUAAUGGUCCAUUAAAUUCAUGUAAACUAACUUAACUACCAAAAAUCAUUGCAAAUGAUAGUAGUAAACAUAGUAAUUGUUUGUUACAUCAUAAGAGGACUUGAAUAUCAAUAUUCAUACAUUUUACUUGAUUUAAGCAUUAGUUAAACUUGAUUUAUUUUACAACGAUUGUGAUGAAAGUCACAUUAACUUAUGCUAAGUCACUUUUGUUGGCACGAUUUCGCAUGAGCAUCAAGCGUUCAAGUUUAUGAAAGUUUUUUUCGUAAAAAAAUAUUGCACAGUCUUCUGCACCCCUAUUGUUUGUUAUUAAAACAUUUUUGUGGCUUAAAAAUUGUUUCAAUAUUUUUCUGUUACAAAGGUAAUUUGACUUAUUUUUUUGUUUCUUAAAUAUGUGAUAUUUUGUUAAAGCAAUUUUCAGUUUUAAUGUUUAGAUCUGAAUUUAAUAACUGCUCCUAAUAUGGCCAGUAUGUUGAUUUCAUGUAAAUAAAUUGUUAAUAAAACAUAAGUUAAAUUGUUAUUAUUAUAACAGUUCUGUGCUUGACAGACUUGAUUAUUUCAUUCUUUGAACUUUGUGUAACUAUUCCAGAAUUAUAAUAUACAAGUUGUAUUUAUUGCUUCGCAGUUCCUUACGCAUACAUAUUUCUGCAGUAGCGGCAUGUCUUGUUUGGAAAUGGUAUGUCUUAUAAAAAUUUCAUUAAACAAAAAGGACUCCAACCAUUUUAUACAUUAUCAUAUUUGGGGACAUUUUGAAAAAUAAACAUUCGCCUAGCUGUGCCAGGCUUGAACGUCAAAUUUCCAUAAACGGUUCUCAAAAUAAACAAUAAUCUAUACUUAUUGAUGUAUUAAUUGUACGAUUUACUUUUAUAUAUAUAUUACAAUUUGCUGAUUUCAUUUGUCAUGUUUUUGUUGCAUUUAAAUGUAAUGGAAAGAUCUCACAAUAUAUUUUCUCAAUUUUUGUAGACAUCUUGUUGACAUUUAAAGCUGCACUCUCACAAUUUUACAGUUUUUACCUUUUUUUUUUUUUUUGUCUCAGAAUCAUUUCAUUUUGGCAUCAGUGCGUUCAAUUAAGUUAUAUAUUAAGAUAACUCACUAAAGAACAGAAUUAAAUUGUUUGGUAAACUGCUGAAAAUUUCAUAUUUCUUAAAGCGUUUGUAAAGCUUUUACCCAUAAAACAUCAAUUUUUAACAGUAAAUAUGAUAAACUGUGAUCUGCUCUUUUGUCAGCAGUCUUGAACUAUCACUGGUUUCCAGACAUUUACGCAAACAUUGGCUCAUUCCAAGUCAAAAGAUAAAAAAAGUUGUCUAAACAAUCAAUCUGUGAGAGUUCAUUAUUUUAAAUAAUCUUGUUGCGGAAGAUUUUUCACAUUUUUGAAGUACAAUGAUACUGCACAUUUAAAGCCUCACAAUCUGUUUGAAGUAGUUCUUAAUUUCCUUAUUACGAUUUUAUUUUGAUAACUUUGUGGGCAUAUACAUAUAUCUUAUUAACGAUCAACUUUACGAUCGCUUUUUGAACCUGUAAUUUCUGUGAAGUAAGAAAUUGAGACUAUUUUAAAAGUAAAAUAUGUAUGUUUUUAUCAGUUCAAAAAUACUUGAUCUGAUUUUGCAAGUGAAACGUUUAACUCAGACACACAAUAUUCAACAUACGAUAUUUUGUCAUACGAACGUUGAUAAAAUGCCGCCUAUAUGUACUUUAAGCAAAAUUUGCAAGUUUGUAGGUAUUUUAUUCCUUUAAAUUCAAUUAAGGUCUUGCAAAUUGGAUCAUUAAAUGUCAUUGUAGAUUUUAAAAAAGCAGACAAAUACAAGAAUGAGUAAACCUUUUUGGACCAAAGUUUUCUAUAAAUUCACAUGGUUUUAACAACGAAAUAACAAAACACAACAGCAAUAAAUUCUAAUCUGUCUAGCUAUGAGCUCGGAGUUCAACCCUAGGUUAGUAUUCAUUGAACAUUGUAUUACUAUAAAACUGACCAAUGUCCAGACUACUAGAAAAUGACCAGUGUCCGAGUAGGCCAUCCUUCAUGGGCGGAUGAUUUUUGUCUGAUUCUUUGUUGCUUUAAAAUUAACGUGUUAACCAUGCUUAGUUACCGAUGUGUGAAAUUUUGUACUUUUAUAAAAUGCAAAUAUAUAUUUCGGCUUAACCAUUUCCAAAAAUAGUGCAAAUCUAAAACAACAUUUAUGGUUGCAAUUAAUUUCAGUACUGAUGUUGUAUAUAAAAUUUGAUAGUUAUUGUACAAAUAAGCAUAAAACACAUUCUGUUAAAACCUUUUUUAAAGCUUAAUGAUGUUGUUAAAGAUUUCUUACAUAGCAACUUGUGAGGUCUUACAAAAAUGUUUAUUUAAGGCAUUACAAAAAAUAAUAGAUUGUUUCCUGUUUCUCGACAUACUUUUGGGCGUACACCUGACCUAAAUUUCAGUCUUCAUCGUAAUUGGGUUGCCCAAAGCCCUUGACAAGUAAAUACUGUUUCGGGCAAGUCAAAAUUCCCAGGCGGUUGCCCGAACAGGCAAGUGCAUUUAUCCGAAAUUUAGAUCACUCUGUUUUCAUAAUUUCUUCAGAAACAAUUCACAAAUCCUGAUUGAAUUUUGUUAUUAUAUUGAAAAUUUGGUUUCAUACAUUUACCCAUGAAUUGGUUAUUUUGGGCAAGUAAAACUGUUUUUUGGGCAAGUGGUUUUCUUCAUUUACUUGCCCGAAAGGACAAGUGCUGAAAAGAAAUUAAGGCAAAGACUGUAAUUUUUUCAUUAUAGAUCAGAAGAUAUUUUUCUGACCACAUUUUUCCUUUGGAUAAUUUUUUGAUAGUAUUUGCACACUAUAUACACUAUUUUAUACACUACUACCAAAACAGAUGAACUACAUUCGUUAACCUUAAUUUGUUUGGCAAAUUGUAAUCAGAAACAACCACUUUUAUUUUGGCCUUUCUAAAGACAAGAAGGGGAACUUUUUUUUUAUAUAACUUUUUUUAUUUGUUUUUUUUUAUAUUUCUUUAUAUCUGAAUAUUACUUAUUCUCAGGCUGUACUUUAUAUUUUUCCUUAAACUAUUUAUGUACAAUGUUGGAUAUUUUUUUGUACAUAAUUAUGCAAUUUCGUUAGCAAUAUAAUAAUUAUUUGUUGCAAAACAGAAUCAUCUUCACCUGUGCAUAUUCUCAUUCAAAUUAUUUUGCAACAUGAAAUAUUAUCAUUUAUUUUUUCAUAAGCUUCAAUGUUAUUGAUUUAGAAAAGAAAACACUUGAUUUUGGACAAAAAUUAUAAAAACAAUUGAAAAAAUUCGGAUCGAUUUCAGUAAAAAUGGUUAAAAAAUUGAAAAUUGGUUUGAUUUUUUUCCAUUUUUUAAAAUUAUUUUAGCGUGGUCACAAUUGGUCAAAAUCGGCCAUUUUUUCAGCCCUGAGUUUAUGUAUUUUAAUAGCCAUAGAGUCAUUGUUGGCAAUAAUAUUAUGUCAAAACUUCCAACUUAUCAUGUUAUAAUAAUCUCAUAUCCAAUUUAGAAAAUUGACAUGAAAUUUGGAACCCAUGUUCAUAAAGACAAUGGGCAUUAUAAGAAACAAAUCUCAUAACUCCAGUUCAAUAUUUUUGGAGUUAUGGCCCUAAGCAAACUGAGAAUUGCGGAACUUUUGGCUUGUUGGCAACUGUUUAUGGAGAUCUUGUAUCUUUUUCUGAGAAUUUUACUCUGAAGGAGUUUAAAAUUGGUUAAGAAUUAUGUUUAUUAUAGCUAAAGCUUUCUAUUAUAAAUAUAUUUGAUAAUUGUUUAUGUUGCUUUUGUACUAGUGUUGUUAUUAGAACAUAAUUAUCUACUAUAUUGAUUAUAAAAAUAACAUGGUGCAUAUAGAAUAAAUGUACACAUAUUUUCAUAAUUCAUGACAUGUCAUUCAUUAUUUUGUUACUAUACUUGAACAGACGUUAUUAUAUUAAAUAUUUUAUAUGAUAAAAAAAAGAAAAUUAAUAAAU